UCUCUGUAAUUUGACCUAAACAACUCUGCCACUAAUUGUUCAGAUAGUUCCCUUCUCUCCUCAGUUUCUCAUCCUGGAAAGUUGGAGCAGGCAGGCACACACUCUGGGAAGUUGUGUUAUUCUUAAAUUAUUUUUAAAGACCCAUAGGAGCAAAUACUGAAAUAAAUUUAAUCUGAUCAAAAGAGAAACUUAAAAGCGAACCAACCCACCCCAAUGACAUCUAAAAGAGCAAACAUGCAUAGGACUUGGAGGGGGCCUCGUCAAAAAAGCCACCAGGUUUCCUUACUUGCUGGAGUGGCACAUUCUCCUCCCAGCUCACCACUCCCGGAGCUGAAAUCUUUCCAUGCCCGCUCCAAAAAAGGGGAUGGCGGUGGAGAUCUGCGCUAGGCUUAGGGGUGAGUUGGACGGAUUGCAGGCGGUUAAAUACCGGGCUGGGUGCCUCGCGACUGGGGCACCCGCAGCGGAGGAGGGCUAGGCGCGACUCCAAAAGGCCGAGGACGUGCGGGGGCACUCCCCGCCCCUGCGGCGCCAACCUCGGGCUCCGCCCAGCGCCGCCCUACAGCGCGCACCCCAGGUGUGGAGGCGCAUCCCAGUAGCUGGGCCUGGAAGCGGCGGCAGUUGGAGUUAGUAGAGUGGCUUCUAGAGGGAAACCACGACUGCACCUCUCCCUCGGUGGUCCAAACCAGGAGCGCAGUACUGGCCAAACGCUAGGUGAGGACGAACGCACCAUUUGGUUUGGGAACCUACCAGGCAGAGGCUGACCAUUUUACUGCGUGUGACCACAAUGCUGACUGCCCGCCUCUCCAGACCCCUGUCACAGCUCCUGGGAAGAACCCUGUGCUUCUGUGAUAGAGAACAUGAAACAAGACCCACGCUGCUGUUUUGUUCCACCUCCCUUGUCCCUGUGGGCCGUCGCACUUAUGCCAAUGUGGUGAGCCCGGUUGGCAGCAAAGCUGUCCUGGUCACGGGCUGUGACUCUGGAUUUGGGUUCUCCUUGGCCAAGCAUCUGCAUUCAGACGGCUUCCUUGUGUUUGCUGGCUGCCUGAUGAAGGACAAAGGAGGUGAUGGGGCCAAGGAGCUGGAUAGUUUGAAGAGUGAUCGAUUAAGAACUGUUCAGCUCAACGUCUGCAGCAGUGAGGAGGUGGAGAACGUGGUGGAGAUCGUCCGCUCAAGCCUCGAGGACCCUGAGAAAGGCAUGUGGGGCCUUGUGAACAAUGCUGGCAUCUCGACAUUUGGGGAGGUGGAGUUCACUAGCAUGGAGACCUACAAGGAGGUGGCGGAGGUGAACCUGUGGGGCACAGUGCGGAUGACAAAAUCCUUUCUCCCCCUCAUCCGAAGGGCCAAAGGCCGUGUCAUCAAUAUCAGCAGCAUGCUGGGACGCAUGGCCAACCCAGCCCGCUCCCCGUACUGCAUCACCAAGUUCGGAGUGGAGGCUUUCUCAGAUUGCCUGCGCUAUGAGAUGCACCCGCUGGGCGUGAAGGUCAGUGUGAUAGAGCCCGGCAACUUCAUCGCUGCCACCAGCCUGUACAGUCCUGAGCGCAUCCAAGCCAUUGCCAGUAAAAUGUGGGAUGAGCUGCCGGAGGUGGUGCGCAGGGAUUAUGGCAAGAAGUACUUUGAUGAGAAGAUCACCAAGAUGGAGACCUACUGCAACAGUGGCUCCACCGACACGUCCCCUGUCAUCAACGCUGUCACCCAUGCCCUGACCUCAGCCACCCCCUAUACUCGCUACCACCCCAUGGACUACUACUGGUGGCUGCGAAUGCAGAUCAUGACCCACUUGCCCGGGGCAGUCUCCGACAGGAUCUACAUACACUGAAGGGUUUCACUCUGGCCUCUGCUGGGGAGCCCUGGUGGGAGGCAAGAGGAAGCAGGGAGGGAGGGAGGAGCUUGUGUAUCAAUCACCUCUUAGUUACUGAUUUGUGGAUUUUCUACAGUCCCAGGAGGACCCACUUCCAGUUUAGCAUUAACCAGAGGGGGUAGCCCAGCCCAGCUUGUGUGCACAAUGAGUGGCUCGGGCCUUCUUAAUUGGGGUGCUGAGUGGUGGGCAGGGCCCCCAAACCUCAGGGCAAACAUGGUGCAUCCAUUUUUCUGGAGUUGAUUUCAUACAGAGAUUUCUGGGGGGCAUCUUUAUAUUAAAAACAGAUUUAUUAUAAAAUAGAA